AUGUCCGACAUCCGUGUUGCACGCCUCCCCGCCGUUGGCAAACCCUUCUAUACCGACAAGAUCACCAAGCCCGCACCUGGAGUCAAUGAUGUGCUCGUCAAGGUCACCGCCUGCUCCAUUGUCCCAAACACCAAGAACCUCGUUUCCAACCCCAAUCCGCUGGAGGGGAUGUCUCUUCCCGAGUUCCCCUGUAUCUUUGGCCUGGACGUGUCGGGCACGGUGGAGGCUGUAGGAGAGCAUGUGCUGGGCAUCAAGCCUGGGGACAGGGUCUAUGUGGACCCUUUCCUGACCUGCGGGACCUGCCAGGCAUGUCGGCAAGCACUCCACGUGUGGCUGACAUCCAGGCCCGUCCACCCAAGGCUACUGCCCGGCCGGUGCUCUGCGUGGUUAUUUCGCGCUCCUCCCCGAGGGCAAGCCUACGCUCAAGCGGUACCCGAUCGGCGGUCUGUCGGAAUACCUCCUUUCCCCGACACCAAUAUCGCCCUCAUCCCCGACAACAUUGACCUCCGCCUCGCGGCACGUUUCGGAUACCUCGGUACCUCGUUCGCCGGUCUCAAGAAGGGCGGCAUGGGCCCCGGCAAGACCCUUCUCGUCAAUGGCGUCACUGGCACGCUCGGCUACGCGGCGGUCUCUAUUGCCAUUGGGCUCGGCUGUACUCGGAUCCUCGGUAUCGGUCGGAACCCGGACAAGCUCAAGCAGCUCAGCGAGUUUGGGAACGGCAGGGUGAAGGUGGUAUCGUCAGAGGAGGAGAAGGAUAUUGCCGGCUGGGUCAAGUCACACACGGACGGACUGGGCGUGGAUGCCAUGUACGACUGUCUGGGGAAUGGCGGGGAUGGGAACAUGACUAUGGAGUUGAUCAAGCUCGUCAAGGUCGGGGGAAAGGCCAUCUUGGCAGCGGGCGGGGCGGAGGGCAGUCUCAACCAGACUUACACCGAGGCGAUGAGCCACAGCUGUGCCAUCCUCGGUACGAUGUGGUUUACCAGCGCCGAGGUAGACGAGAUGAUAGCGCUCAUCUCGGCGGGCGUCAUCGACCUGUCAUACAUGGAGCAUAAGUCCUUCUCGCUUGACCAGGUCAACGAAGCUAUGGACUUCGUCGGUGACAGGCCGGGCGGCGCGGUGAAUGUGAUCAUCCAACCCGGGUCGUAA